UGUCCUCUGCAGCCGGGGAAGAGCUCCCGUCGCUCUUCCGGUGAGCAGGAAAGCAGGAAAAUGACUACCAGUGAGGCAGCUACAAAACAAGAGCUGGCCAGACUGGAAGCAGAAGAGAAGGCAAAGGACCACGAGUUUCAAAUAUGGCAGGCAGCAAUGAAGCUCAAAGAAGCAGCUGCGGCCAGGUAAACCAUGGAGGCCCAGAAGGAGGCUCAAAUUAAAGCACAGAAGGCGGCUCACAAAAGAGCCAUGGAGCUAAAAGACAAAGAGCUUGAAGCCCAGAGGCUAGAACAGCAAGAUGCUCAGGAGGAGAAGGAAAGAGAGAGGCAGCUAGCUCUGGAGUUAAAAGACUGGGGGGGAUAGCUCAGUGGUUUGAGCAUUGGCCUGCUAAACCCAGGAUUGUGAGUUUAAUCCUUGAGGGGGCCAUUUAGGGAUUUGGGGAUUGGUCCUGCUUUAAGCAGGGGGUUGGACUAGAUGAUCUCCUGAGGUCCCUUCCAACCCUAAUAAUCUAUGAUUCUAUGACAAAAAAAUUGAGGCCCAGAUUGUGAUGCAAAAGCAUGAACUGGCUGUAAUGGAGUGGAAGACCACAGUAUGAUGAAUCCAGUGAUAUUGCUGAAUAUUUCAUCACCUUUGAGAGACUGUACACUCUCCAUGCAAUUCCUGAAGAUCAAAAGAUGACCACUUUGGUUGCAAAAUUGACUGGAAGAGCUCUGGACAUAUUCAGUAAGAUGCCUAUUGAUGAUGCUUCAAACUAUGGUAAAUUUAAGGAACUGCUUUUGAAACAGUUCCAGAUUACACCUGAAACCUACAGAGUAAAAUUCAGGAGUCUUAAGAGGGGAUCUGAAUUGAGUAAUGUGGCUUAUGUGAAUGAAAUGAGGGAUUUGUUAGACAAGUCGGUGAGGGGAAAAGACAUCAUAAGCUUGGAAGAAAUGUGUGAUUUGGUUACUCAGGAACAGUUCCUGAAUAUGUGCAGUGAUGAUGUAAAACAGUGUUUGUGGGACAAAAAGGUGGAUUCAGUGGGUGAAUUAGCUGGGGUUUCAGACUCUUUUGAGCAAUCACAAGCUGCAAUUAAACAUAAACCACUGGCAGAGGGGUACAGAGUUGGUGGAAAACACAAUCACUGUUUUACCCCUGGGAAAAAGGAGUCUGGGUGUUCACCUCCCCAUUCCCCUAUUACUCGUCCAAAGUCUCCUGUACAAGCAGAGGAGCCCAAAAGGUGCGAUCAUUGUAAGUCCACUGAGCACCUGAGGAAUAAAUGUCCUUGGCUGAGUGGGAACAGGCACCAGGUAACACAUGAAGCUGCUGCUUCUCAGAGCACAGGGAUAUCCCAGGCUACAGCCUCUUACCACACAGGAUUUGUAAAGGUUGCUUCUAUACAACCAAGCAGUGAGCAUACGCAUACUGCUAAGCUCAAUGACAAAGUGCUACAAGGUUGGAGGGAUACUGGUGCAGAGAUCUGUGUGAUCAAGAGGGACCUGAUCCAAGAGAAGGAUUUGUUACCAGGAAAAACGGCAGAAUUAGAAUUGGUGGAAGGUUACAAAGUCCUUGCACCUUUAGCUCAGGUAUACAUGGAAACUGGUGAUUUGGAGGCUGAACUGACUGUUGCAGCAGUGGCACACAAUUUUGCACCGUUUCUAAUGGGGAAUGAUUUUUUUAAUGUGGCAGAAUCUAUCCCAGGGUUUGUUAGCAGCAAGAAGGAAUCCUGUGCUGAAAUCCCCAGAGGGGAGGGUGAAGUCACAUGUGCUGCUGAGGAAAUAGGGGAGUGUCUCUUUAAUUCCUUGGUAGCAGUGGAAAAUGGGCUGUGUAGCCCCGGGGCUCAAGGCAGGUCCCUGCAGGAAAGGCUGGAUAGAGUCAGCUCCUGCCCUAUGAUCAUCUCCCUGGGUGAGGGGGAUGUUCCACCUUGUAACAGGGAGGCCUUCCCAGCUGCUGAAUGCCAGGAAGUUGCAGGUCAGCAGGGGACAGUUCCUGCUCUGGGGUGCACAGAAACAUGUAUCCCAGAGAUAGAAGUUGGGGUCCUGAUGACCGCUGCAGUGGGAGCAGACCCCAAGGGCUCUGUAGCUGGAAGCAAGCCCAACAUGAGUGAAAGGAUGCUUCUGGAAUGCCUGGCACUCCAGGCGGACCGCUCUCAGCUCUCGGACAUUUAUGUGAAGCGCCAGUUCCUCCGGUGA